AUGCUCGCGGAGGCGGCCGCGCGGCUGAACAUUCCCCUCGUCUUCCUCGACAGCGGCCACAGCCCCGCGAAGCAGAUCGUCAACCCUGCAAAUGCGCAGCACGCUCACGUCGACGGAUCGUUCGCCGACCCGGUGAAGAUCGAGGAACUCGCUGCCAAGGUCGAUGUCCUCACUGUCGAGAUCGAGCACGUUGACGCGGACGCGCUCGAGGCCGCGCAGACGACGAACUCAUCCGUCGUGAUCCACCCCUCUCCCUCCACGAUCCGUCUCAUCCAGGACAAGUUCCGCCAGAAGGAGCACCUGCGCGCCCACGACACCCCGCUUGGCGAGUACAUCCCCGUUGAUGCGUCCGAGGCCGGCGUUCAAGCCGCAGUCAAGACCCUUGGCCUCCCCCUCAUGCUCAAGAGCCGCACGCAAGCUUACGACGGCCGCGGCAACUACGCUCUCCGCUCCCUCGGUCAAGUUCCAGACGCUCUCGCCGCGCUCGGUGGUCGCGCCCUCUAUGCCGAGCGAUGGGUUCCCUUCAAGAAGGAGAUCGCCGUCAUGGUCGUGCGCGCCGCGUCUGGCGAGGUGCGCGCGUACCCCGCGGUCGAGACGAUUCACAAGCACAACAUCUGUCACCUCGUCUUCGCGCCCGUGCGCAGCGCCGACCCGACACUCGCUGCGCGCGCCCAGACGAUCGCGGAGAACGCAAUACGCACGCUCAGCGGCGCGGGCGUGUUCGGCGUGGAGAUGUUCCUGCUCGAGGAUGGGACGUUGUACGUGAACGAAAUCGCGCCUCGGCCGCACAACUCGGGUCACUACACCAUCGAGGCUUGCGCAACGUCGCAGUACGAGAACCACCUGCGCGCGAUCCUCGACCUUUCCCUGGGUAGCACGGAGCUUGUCGUUCCAGCCGCGGGCAUGCUCAACUACAUCGGCGCCUCCGACGACGUAGGGGAGAUACAAAGGGCUGCCCAGGCAGCGCUUGGUGCUCCCGGCGCUUCCGUGCACCUCUACGGCAAGUCGGGCUGCCGCAAGGGCCGCAAGAUGGGCCACGUCACGGUCGUCGCGGGCAGCGACGCCGAGCUGCGUGAACGUCUGCGUCCGCUGCUGCUCGCCCUGCCCGGCGGCGAUGGCGAGAAGGACGCGGAGACGUACGCGCCCCUCCCUCGCGCAGCGGAUAGACCACACCCCGCGCCCCUCGUCGGCGUCGUAAUGGGCUCUGACUCUGACCUGCCAGUCAUGCUCCCUGCGGCGCGGGCGUUGGCGCAGUUUGGCGUCCCGCACGAGGUGACGAUCGUCAGCGCACAUCGGACACCUGAUAGGCUGGUGCAGUACGCCAGGAGCGCGACGGCGCGGGGGCUGAAGGUGAUCAUCGCUGGCGCAGGUGGCGCGGCACACCUGCCGGGAAUGCUGGCGAGCAUGACGCCGCUGCCCGUCAUCGGCGUGCCGGUGAAGGGGAGCACGCUCGAUGGGGUGGACUCGCUGCAUAGUAUCGUGCAGAUGCCGCGCGGCAUUCCUGUCGCUACUGUGGCGAUAAACAACGGGCAGAACGCGGGCUUGUUGGCGGUCCGCAUACUAGGCGUUGCAAUCCCGCAUCUCGUCACGGACACCGAAGCCUUCGCCCGCGGCUUGGAGCAGCAGGUCCUAGAGAAGGCUGACAAGCUCGAAGGCGAAGGCUACGAGCACUACGUGGUGAAGAAGUAG